AUGGCCUCUCCACCCUCUCCUGCAUCUCCCACCAGCAGUGGCGCUGCCUCUAGAACCUCUUUGGACCAGGACCAGACCCAGUCCCUCACUCUCGAGCCUCUCGUCAACCACUUCGUCGCCGCCAAACGCGCACUCAACACCCAGACGGUACUAUGGCGAGCCACCGAAAUCGUAAACACGGCACGUGACCUCUUGGAAGAGAACGCAGUCGUCGCUGCCAAGAACACAUCCAUACGCAACAUAGUGGAGCAGCAGGUGGAUGCUCUGGAAGCCGUCCGCCGCGGCAUAGACGUGGUUGAGGCUGAGGUGCAGGCCGAGUACAAGCAGCUGCUCCACGACGUCGACACGUCCUUUGCCGGUCUCAACUCUACCCUCGCUGUACUCCGUGAAACACCCAUCGAAGCUGCCCUGCAGCCUCAGGGCACUCCGCAGAAGCACCUCUACGACUUCAUCGACAGCGCCGCCGUCUCCAACCUCCAGACCGCACUGCGCGCCUGUAUAGACCGCUACACCGACGCCCAUGCCGCCCUCGACGAGAGCUGUCGUGACUUUGACACAAGCCUCGACAACAUCUACUCUUCCAUCGAGAACGUGCCCACAACACCCGCAACCACGUCCACUCCGAGUCCUAUACCAAGCCUAUACCACAACCUUGAGGGCCACGCAAAGGAAGCUGCCCAGGCGUUCCAGUCGCUUGUACAACACUACGAUCUAUGCAUAACAGCCUUGCGUCACACAGAAGGAGGCUCCGCCGCUGCUACACAAGCUACAGGAGAUGCACCAGUCCACUCCGGGGAUGACGGUGCCGCACCGCCCGAGCCCAUGAGCGGAGAAGAGCGCCGCGACAUGCUAAACGUUUUGCAAAAGGACGCGCAGGAAGUCGAAGACGUCGUCAACGAGAUCCAGGAACGAGGCUCUGAAAUGACCUUCCUCCUCGGCCAGAUCGAGAACCACAUCCGCCACGUGCGCAGCGAAUCCUCGGCUCUCUCAAGCAUACUAGAGAUGGUGUCGCAAGUUACUGGCCAAGUCAAGGGUCAUAUCGUCACCUCACGCUCUUUCUAUGCUUCAUGGCUGCAAGACACGCGGCCUAGCCUAAUCAGCGGCAUCGAGGACUGGGAGAAUCAGCGCGACUUCUACGAGCGCUUCGAUCUUGCCUAUGCCGAGCUCCUCGUUGAGAUCUCGUCACGCCGACGACGGCACGAAAAGGCGAAACGGAAAGCCGAAGAAGCGCAAAAGGAGCUGGAUAGACUGCGGCUUGAAGAUGAGCGCGCAAGGGAGCAUUUCACCUUGGCUCAGGGCGACUACUUACCCUUGGACAUCUGGCCGGGCCUGAAAGAUCCGCCGCGCCAGUACCAAGUCACAGUCGUGCCAACUUCUGUAGAGGAAGAGCAUGAGGACGAAGCCCAAAAGACGGAUGGUGCACGGAGUAUACCACAGCUAGGCAGAACCGUCGUUGAGAGGGCUCUCACGCGGGUCAAACGGCGAAUGUAG